AGUGUGUGGUGAAAUAGAGCCAGAAAGAUGUCACGAAGGAGAUGACUGCUUUGUAAGGCAGGGCUAAACUUCUGAGUACCUUGAUUACAGCAAGCUGCAUGAGUGGCCCCCAAACCACAUCCUUCAUGGUUUUCCUCUGAAUGUCUUUAACGUGAAAUGGGCCUGAGCCACUCGAGGGCUCACCCAAGGGUGACCAAAGUAGCACCUUUGCAAAACAAAGAGGAAGAGCCUCGCUCAGCUGGCCCUGUGGACGUUGUAUUCAAUCAGAAGCUGGAAGAAAAGAGUUCAUAUUCGUUCACGAGACUGCAGGACCGGAGUAAAGCUUUGGAAGGGCAGCUGCCACCUCUACGAGAGACCUGGUAUGGAAGGUAUUCUGCAGUGCCCAGGGCCAUGUAUUUUGACAUCCCACUGGAACAGGGAGAAACAAGUAUUAUUAAAAGGCAUCCACCCCGAAGACUUCAAAAGCUUGAACCCGUUGACCUGCCACAUGUAAUUACUUCUGAAAGGCUCCUGAGCCAGCAAGAAGCCUGGACAGCUCACAAAGCAAAGCAGGAAUCGGAAAAGAAGAUGCAAACUCCAAUUCAUACUUCCGGGAAAAGACAAUAUUUACAUAAGAUGCAAAUGCUGGAAAUGAACCGUAAAAGACAAGAGGCCCAAGUGGAGUUGAAGAAAAGUCUUCACAGGGAGGCGAGAAUUAAUAAGCAAAAUCUGAGGGACCAUAAAGCCAAGAAAAUCCUUCAAAGCAUCCCAAUAAAUGAUGGUGGUGAACUCCUAACCUUGUUGCCUGAUGAAACCUUGAACAGAAGUCUAGGAAAUUCACAGAAUGCAGAACUUUUGGAACAUCAAGCAAGGAAUGACUGUUGUCCCCGGAAAAUUGGCAAAAUGGAAACAUGGCUCCGUGAACAAGAGGCCCGGGGACAGCUGCUCGGGGACAGCUCCAGCUCUGACUCAGACGAGGUGGGGAAAGUUGAGAAGAAACCGAGAGCGCUGGUGAGGACCAGGACAGAGAGAAUCCCACUUUUUGAUGAGUUUUUCGAUCGAGAAUAAGAAUGCUGUUCACUCACCGAGACACUGAGCGCAUGGCAAGCUUGCUUUCCUGUGAAAAUUCUCCAAGUUAGUAUAUGAAUUGUUCUGAGGAAACCAGUUCACUUUCUUUUCAUUUGGAGUCUUACAAUUUACAGAUGUGACAUAUAUUGUUAAUUAUGCUGCAUAACUGCCUCAAAACUUAGGGGCUUAAAUAACAGCCACUUAUUGUCCCCCUUUUCUGUGGGUUGCUGGGCUCAGGUGGGUGGUUCUUUGCUGGGGUCUUGAAGUCUUUCAUGUAGAUGAAGUCCAAUGGCAGCUAGGGCUGGAGUCAUCUGGAAACUCAAGGACACUGAGACAGCUGGAACUUGCCCUUCUCCAUAUGGUCUCAGAGCCCCUUCACAUGGUUUCCCCAAGUGCUAUCUCCAGCAGGGGAGUGAGUUUUCUUUUAUAUCAGCCCAGGGCUCCCAAAAGCAAACAUUCCAAGAAGAGAGAGUAGAAGCCACCCUCCCCUUAAAGGCUAGUCAAGGAAGGGGUUCCGCGUCAUUCCCACCACGUUCUAUUGGUCAGAGCAAGCCACAGGCCAGAUAGCAGUCAGUGAAAACAGCGUGAAUUCCAAAGCAUGGUCCACUGGUGCCCAUCUUGGAGACUUGCCACCCCAAAAAAAAAGCAAAUUAGAUCUUAUAAAACUAAUAGAUGAGAGAGUAGAUUUGAUACAAAUAAAAAUGAGUUUUUAAAGAAAAGUCACAGUAAUGCCAUAUCAGAGACUAAGCUCACACAGGUCACUUUCUUGGGAGUCAGCAGCUUAUCACCUCAUAGCAGGUGACAGGAAAAGAGGUGGAACAAUGGCAGGUGUGAAAUAAUGGUUGUUGUGAAUUAAAGCUCAAAAUUAAAUGAUCUCUUAGAUUAUGAGGUAGAUCUUAGGUCUUUUCAAAACUAAAAGGAACUUUAUGCUCAAUCCAAAAGUUACUCCAUUUACAAAAAUCAGAUUUUUAGGCAAUUUUAAGAGCUUUUGUGUAAAAUUAGGCUGUACUUUUAGCAUAAUCUAAAAACACUUAAGCCAUCCAGAAGCUUCUAAGGAUUUAGUGAAACUUUAAAACAAAGCCAAACAAAAAUGCCCUUUUAACCUUUCUCUAGGAAAUUCCAAAAAAGAAAAAAAUAGCGCGCCCCCACCCUGAAUUUGACAUUCUGUGCAUUCAGAUCAGUCACUAAGAAGACAGAAGGACAGCUGUGUCAAAGGAUGGACAUGCGCGUUUCUCCCACGAAUGGAAGGCCAUUAAGUUACCGGGGGUACUUCUACUCCCAGUUCUUUGUGAGAAGUAUUCUUACUUUUCAUGUGGUAGGCCAAAAGCAUAUUUCCUGCAAAGGAACACAGAAAUUGUUUGACCAGUCAGCCUUCCUGAAAAAAUAAGAUCCUUGAGAGGAGAAAUGAGUCUGACCUAUUCAUAAUGUCCUCACAUAUUAUGGUUUAUCCAGAAGGUUCAAACCAAAGUAGACAGUCGGCUCCCAAUGCUGAAGACAGCAGGGUCUAAGCAAGUCUUCAUCACUCUGGAGUAUGGCUUGAAAUUGGACGACGCCUCAUUCCAGACGCUAAGGGGCCUGUGAGCUACAUGAGGGCACGGACUACGUCUCCUCCCUGUGGUAUCCCUGCUUCCUGGCACUACAUCUGGCCCAGAGUUUACUAUUAAAUAUUUGUUGAAUUCAU